AUGACGGUUUUAUCGAAAAAAAAGGCUCAGGCCCUAUCGGAAGAAUGUGAACCUUCAUCGAGUGCACACGGCCAUGUCUUACCUCUUUCAACAACCCAAACACACUCUCAGAUAAAAACAUUAGAUGAAAGAAUUAAGUCUCCACAAAGAUGGUCUGUAGAAAAUAUUGAAAAUGUCUUAAGUUCAAAACAAGCAAAACGCAGGAUUCACCGUAGUCCUCACAGAAAUACAAGAAAUAGUAAAGGACGUGAUAGAGACAAUAGAUCAUCUCAAAGUCCUGGUACUUGCCAGUGUGGAGCCACUGACUUAAAUGGUCACUGUAGUUCAGAUAAAUGUGGAUAUAAUAGCGAGGAUGAAUACGGCGAAAUUCCAAAGCAAUUCAAUGACAUAGAAUGGGCUGAGCAAGAUCGUAUCUUUGAAAAAAAGUUGAAAAAAUGUGAUCUGAUUUUAAAACAAAUGAAAGAUGAUGGUGCAUGUCUAUUUAGAGCUGUAUCAGAUCAAUUAUAUGGCGACCAAGAUAUGCACGAUAUAGUUCGUAAACAAUGCAUGGAUUAUGUCUCAAGCAAUAAAGAUUACUAUAUGCAGUAUGUUACUGAAGAUUUCAAUACAUAUAUUGCUCGUAAAAGACUAGACCGAACUCAUGGAAACCAUGUGGAAAUACAUGCUAUGUCUGAGUUAUAUAACCGUCCAAUUGAAGUUUAUUGUUAUGAAAUUGAACCAAUAAAUAUUUUCAAUAGAGCUAAUACAUCAGAAUCCUCUAAUCCACCAAUAAGAUUAUCUUAUCAAAGAGGAAGUCAUUAUAAUAGUAUUGUAGAUCCACAUAAGGCAACAAUUGGUAUAGGAUUAGGAUUACCAAGUUUUUCACCUGGUUCAGCCGAUAAAAAAUUGUUAACUGAUGCUGUUCGUCAAAGCGAAGAUUACAUGUUAGAACAGACAAUGUUAGAAGAUAAACUCAGAGCUACAGAUUGGGAAGCCACAAAUGAUACAAUUGAAGAACAAAUAGCACGUGAAAGUUAUUUACAAUUUUUAAAAGAUAAUGAAAAACGAAAUAAAAAUGACAAAGAGUCUUCAGCUACGUCAACUGCCACUUCUGCAUCUAUUGUCAAAUCAUAUCAAUCUCGAACUUCGCCCCCAAGAUAUUCAGUUGGACCUAAAACCCCACCUCAUUUAUCUCCUCGCAGAGAUCGUUCAGAAAUAGAAAAUCCAACAUUUGUCACAUUACCACCUCAUCUUUUUGGCAUGUCAAAAUGGGAAGAUAUUGGUAUCCUAACUAAAGUGCUGGCCACUUCACAACAAGAGUACCUUGACAGUUUAAAAAGACAGCGCGAUGAACACAAAGAAGAAGGAGAUAAGAUAUAUUUAUAUGAUACAGAAAAACCAUCUACUUCUCAAUGA